UAAUUCGAAUCUAGUCUAUAGUUAUAAGUAUUCUAAUAACAUAGAAUUGUUUAUUGCUUGAUAUUUUAAAAGAGGUAUUCUAUAUGAAUCGAAUUAUCGAAUAAAUAUAGAAUAACUAGAUAGAAAAUAGUAAAGAAUCCUUUUUGAGAGGAAAAUGAUAUAUCCAUAUAUUUCGGACUUAUAUUUUUUUUUCAAAUAAAAAAAUGGCAAAAUCUAUACCAAAAAUUGGUUCACGGAAAACUGAACGUAUUGGUUCGCGUAAGCAUCCUCGUAAAAUACCAAAGGGGGUUAUUUAUAUUCAAGCUAGUUUCAACAAUACCAUUGUGACUGUUACAGGUGUACGAGGUCGGGUGAUUUCUUGGUCCUCCGCCGGUUCAUGUGGAUUCAAGGGUACACGAAGGGGGACACCAUUUGCCGCUCAAAUCACAGCGGGAAAUGCUAUUCAAACAGUAGUCGAGCAAGGCAUGCAACGAGCAGAAGUCAGGAUAAAGGGUCCGGGUCUAGGAAGAGAUGCGGCAUUAAGAGCUAUUUAUAAAAGUGGGAUACUAUUAAAGGUUAUACGGGAUGUAACCCCUCUACCACAUAAUGGAUGUCGGGCUCCUAAAAAAAGACGUUGGAAGUGUGUUGAAUCAAGGGUAGAUAGUAAGCGUCUUUAUUAUGGACGCUUUAUUCUGUCUCCACUUAUGAAAGGUCAAGCAGAUACAAUAGGCAUUACAAUGCGAAUAAUUUUGCUCGGAGAAAUAGAGGGAACAUGUAUCACACGUGCAAAAUUUGAGAAAAUACCACAUGAAUAUUCUACCAUAGUAGGUAUUCAAGAAUCAAUUAAUGAAAAUUUAAUGAAUUUGAAAGAAAUUGUAUUGAGAAGUAAUCUGUAUGGAACUCGGGAGACAUCUAUUUGUUUAAAAGGUCCUGGAUAUGUAAUUGCUCAAGACAUCAUUUUACCACCUUGGGUGGAAGUCAUUGAUAAUACACAACAUAUAGCUAACCUAAUAGAACCUAUUACUUUGUGUAUUGAAUUACAAAUUGAGAGAAAGCAGGAAUACCGUGUAAAAACACUAAACAACAUUCAAGAUGAAAGUUAUACUAUAGAUGUUGUAUUCAUGCCUGUUAGAAAUGCAAAUCAUAGUAUCCAUUCUUAUGUGAAUGAAAAUAAAAAACAAGAGAUACUAUUUCUGAAAAUAUGGACAAAUGGAAAAGGAAACUUAAAUUUUGAAAACAAUAAACACAAAAUGACUUUGCCCCUUUUUACUUUACAUGAUCAUUAUAUAUUCGUUAAGGAUAAACUAAGGAAAAAUCAAAAAGAAAUUACAUUGAAAUCCAUUUUUAUUGACCAAUUAGAAUUGCCUCCCCGGAUCUAUAAUUGUCUUAAAAAGUUCAAUAUACAUACAAUAUUGGAACUUUUGAAUAAGAGUCAAGAAGACCUUAUGAAAAUUGAACAUUUUCGAGUAGAAGAUUUAAAAUUGAUAUUAAACAUUUUACAAAUCAAAAAUCAUUUUGUAUAA